AGGUUAGCGCCACGGAGAGUCAGUGCGUGCCUGCGUGAGUGGCGCUUGGUCUGGCAAACUGAAGUGGUGGCUGCUGCGAACACCGCAGCCAUCCGCAAUUCCGCAUAUUUAUAAUUUAGUGACGUGAACGUUUGAGGAUCGCUCCGUUGACAGACGCAAGGAAGGAAACAUGAAUGCAAUCAUGUGGCUGUUUCUGCUCGUCGGCGUUUUGCAGUCUUCCGCCGCCGAUUGGAACACGAAGGAUUACAUGAAACGAGAACAUUCUCUGAUCAAGCCGUAUCAAGGCACAGGUAUGACGAUACCUUAUUGGGACUUUAUGGGAAGUACAAUGGUAACGAAUAAUUACAUCAGGUUAACACCUGAUUUACAAAGUAAACAAGGUGCCUUAUGGAAUUCUGUUCCAUGCAAUGUACGAAAUUGGGAAUUACAAAUUCAGUUUAAAGUACAUGGGAAGGGGAAAGAUUUAUUUGGAGAUGGUUUUGUUAUUUGGUAUGCCAAAGAACGAAUGAAAUCAGGUCCAGUAUUUGGAAAUCAAGAUUAUUUCCAAGGAUUAGGAAUAAUAGUCGACACGUACAGCAAUCAUAAUGGCCAGCAUAAUCAUCAACAUCCUUAUGUCUCGGCCAUGAUCAAUAAUGGAACUUUACAUUAUGAUCACGAUCGUGAUGGUACUCAUACACAACUUGCAGGAUGCGAGGCAAAGUUCAGAAAUGUAGAAUACGAUACACACAUAGCUAUAAGAUAUGAAAACUCCGUCUUAUCUGUUUUCACGGAUAUGGCUAACAAAAUGGCGUGGAAGGAAUGCAUGAUAGUGAAUGAGAUUAGACUUCCAACAGGAUACUAUAUUGGAAUCUCCGCGACCACGGGUGAUUUGUCGGACAAUCAUGAUAUAUUGUCGGUUCGUUUAUUCGAACUGGAGUCACCAGAUGAUCCUCAAGAAGACAGAUCUCAAAUUGUGCCAUCAGCAGCGUACUUUGACGCGCCAAGAGAACGCGUGGAGGAUGAGAAACAAUCUAGCAUGAGUAAUACAAAACUUUUUCUAUUGAUGCUCUUUUGCGCACUUGUAUUAAUGGUCUGCGUCGUCAUUGCCAUUAUGCAGUACCAAAAGCAUCAGGAGAAGAGCAGAAAGCGUUUCUACUAAGUCAUAUUUUUAGGUAGCGUAUCUUAAGCAGCUUGUCGAUUUCUCCUUUAUCCAGGAUUUUUCAUACGUAACUGUAAUGUAAGUCAUAAAAGUGCGAAUCUGAAGACUGUCUUUAUUGCUCCAAAAGUUAGCGUGUAUUAUUAUUAUUAUUAUUAUUUUGCAAGCUCGGCAGGGUAAAGGAGAGAUGCGUAUAGAUGUAACUAUUCUAAAUUCAUAAAUUGAUUCGAAAUCUGAAUUCCUCUGUUCUACUAUAUUCUACAAUUCGUUCCUAUUCUCGUACGUGUCACUCUAUAUUCGUUUGUCGGAAUCAAUAUAUGUUCACUUGAUUUAUUUACUUCAUUUUAUAAUACACAUAAAAAUAUAAAUGUAUUUAUUAGUUUCUCAACCAAAGUUAUUGCUUCUUUUAAUGCUGCAGGAAAAUUUGGCAAGAAUAAGAUUUUAUAUACUUGACUUCUAAAAAAAUACAUAGGAUCGAAAGGUAUAUAUAGUUAACUAUUUACUGUCACGUGUAUAAUGCUAAUUGUACUUUAGACGGGUCUUGAAGAAAACUUUGUGUAUUAUACACAUAUACAUUUAAUUUCGAGCGAACGUUCAAGAUCUAAGGUGAUAUAUCUCUCCAAAAUUUUUGGUUAAAGUGAUAUGCGAUUGUAUAAAUUAAUUCUAACAAGUGCAGUGGUCGUAGGUAUUUAAGGAAAUACAUCACACAUAAGGGAUAAGAGGAUAUACUUGCUUAGAGAGACAAAAUAUAGGAAUUGUAAUUUCUAUAUUUUGUAAUUGUAUUUUAAUUUCUAUUCGGGCAGUUUCUCUUCCUUUUACUUUUCGGAAUAAUUAUUUUCAUAUACAGAUUAAAUACUGCGAAAAAAAGACUUUAUUAAUAUAGGUUUUUUAUCUGUACAUACAGGAAAUUAAAGUAUACACGAAGCUCCCACGUUGCAUAAAAACAAAUUUACAUCCGCAGUUGUUCACGAAUGAUCUUCGAGUCCAUGAUUUUAAACAGACUGUUAUACACGUACUAACACUGCAUGCGAGUGCAAUGCAUUAAAAUACGCAAUAUGGGAGAUUCUAUUGUAUCUCGAUAUAAAGUAAUUACAUAAUAUAACUCUCUGUAUUGUAGUUUUUUUAUAUGGAAAUUGAGAAAAAAGGGAACCAAGCCAUUUAAUAAACAAUCUUGUUAUCGAGAUGAUGUUAUCAUUCGAAACAAUAAUGUAUCAUGAUCUGUUGCCAAAUAUAAAUAAAUAUGUCUAUAAUUCUAAA